ACUUUCUCUCUCUCUUCCUUUCCCUUUAUUCACCUGUGUAAGCAAACUCCUCAAUUCUCUCUCCUCACUUCUCUACUCCCCUUCUCCUUUCAUUGAUUGAUUCCCAGAAUUUUCUUGCUACUGUAUCAGUAAUUUUUUUUUUAAAAAAAAACAGCAAAAAUACCCCAAAAAAAAAAAAUCAGUUUUUUUUUUUUUUUACUUCUUCAAUGCUUAAUUUCUAUGGUUUGUUUUUAAGCUGAUAAAGUUUGAGUAUUUAGGUUCGAAGAAGAAGAAAGAUGGGAGCUUUGGCUAUGCCUUUUGAAACGUUGCCGCUCGGGUUUAGAUUUAAACCGACGGAUGUUGAGUUGAUUGAUCAUUAUCUUAGGUUGAAGAUUAAUGGCAAAGAAAAUGCUGUCGCUUGCAUCAAAGAAGUUGAUAUUUGCAGGGUUGAGCCUUGGGAUCUGCCUGAUUUGUCAGCUAUUAAAACGAAUGAUCAUGAAUGGUUCUUCUUUUGUCCUCGUGACCGGAAGUACCCGAAUGGUCAAAGAUCGAAUCGAGCUACCGAAGCUGGCUACUGGAAGGCAACUGGUAAGGACAGGAGCAUCAAGCAGGGUAAAAAGGGUUUAAUUGGUAUGAAGAAGACCCUUGUGUUCUAUACAGGGCGAGCUCCCAAAGGGCAGCGUACCAGUUGGGUUAUCCAUGAGUAUCGCACUACCCUGCAGGAGCUCGAUGGCACAAAUCCCGGACAGGGGGCUUUUGUUCUCUGCCGCUUAUUUAAGAAAGCUGAUGAUUUGAAGCCAGAUGAUAAUGAUGAUGGUUCCCAUACUGAUGAAGUUGAAACAAACAUUUGCUCACCUAAUCCAACUAAUAUCACACAGGAAGACAUUCGGUCUGGUCCAGCAGUUUUUGCAGCUUCUCCCUUGUCUGUUGAGCAAAGUGUAGAGCAACAAUUGAUAUCUGAGACUUGUGUGGUCAAAACUUGUGAUAGUAUAACAUCUGAGACGGUGUUUCCUAAUCAUGCUCGGGUGAAUGAAGAAAUAGUGCAUGAGGUGGAUUCCCAUAUCAAUGAACCAUUUAGAUUCAAUGAUUCCCCGGAUUCAUACUAUACAUGGCAGUCGAUGCAGAUGAACCAGGAACCAGUUGGCAUGGAAGACAUUUUCCCUGCAGAUUUUGGUGAUGGUCAUAAUGGAUUGCACCUACAGGACAUCAAUGGAACAGUAGAAGCUUCUGGCUACAUGGGUUCUUUUAUGAAUCAAGAUGUACUCUUCUACAAGGAACCCCAUGGGGAUCCAUUUGCUGAAAGUGACAUGUGGAAGAAUUCAUCUGGCAAGGAGAGUGGAUCAUGUAGCGGGUCUGAUGUUGAAGUAGCCCAGCUGAAGCAUGAUGUAGGAUUUAUUGGAUGCAUUACUGGUGACAAGAAUUAUAAUGAACCAGAGGGCUACAAGGAACUUAUACAGAAUUACCCGUUAGCUGAUGAUGAUAGUAUCUUUGAUGAUGAUGUUCUGUAUCGGUUCCUUGGCGAUACUAGCACCGUACAACCAAAUAAUUGUCCCCCAACACUUGUUAGCGGCGGCUGUAUGAAGACUGAAGAUAAUCAAAUUGGUGGAAGUAAUGCAAUCACGAUAAGGUCUCGUGCCUGUAAUAGACAAUUUCCGUCUUCUAAUAAUUUUGCAGGGCAAGGAACUGCAAAAAGAAGAUUACGCUUACAAACUUUCAAGGGUGAAGAUUCAGACUCAACUGUCACCGAGGGAAUAGCUCCUCAUGAGGAUAUUAUCUGCUUAGCAGAUCUUGCCGAAAAUUCUGUUGCAGCAGAUGGAAAUGAAUCAUGCUUGGAUGAUGUCAAAGUUGUUGAAACCGGAAUCAAGAUAAGAACCCAUCUUCAGAGAUCUCAGCCGAGUGCAGCUAAUUCUGUGGAGCAGGGAACUGCUAAGAGGAGAAUCCGCCUGCAGAAGCGAUAUACUUCCAUCGCUGAGGCAGACGCGUUUAAACCAUCCGUUACUGAGUUUAGGAGUUUGUCAGAGGAAGUUUGUGAGAAGCAAUGUGCUGACAACUCUGAAGGCAGAUCUAAAAAUCAUAGUUUAUUUAAGAGGUCAGCACCUGUGCUUAUGAUUAAGGUAGUUAUUGUUGUUUUCUUGUUCAUGGCUUGCUUUGGCCUAUGGAUAGCUCGAAGUGUGUUUAUACUCUCGAGCUGAGUUUUGUAUAUGAGUGACCCUCAUUUUUAACUGCUUAUUUAGGGUAAGAGGGGUGAGAGGGGCCCUAGUACAGGUUCUAGACUGGGUUGUGUUUAGGCUAUCCCUUUGAUUUUAGAGUAUCAGAGUUAGCUUGCUGAUCUAUAUGUAUAAUCAUAUGACAAAGCUCUUAAAAGGUUUUUUGUUUUGUAUAUUUCUAGUUUCAUCAUAUUCUUCUUGGAUGUUA